GCCGCGCCCAAUGGCGUUCGUUCUGCUCAGGCAUUCAAACGAAGUUCGAGGCGCGCGGCGGCGGUGACGGGUCAUUUUGUUUCCAUUCCACCAGCAAGGGACGGACCCGGGCGAGCGAACCUAGAGCGGCUGCGGGUAACGGCUCGGCCGCGCGCUGUCGGGUGGGGCUGGGGAGCCGCCUCUCUGCCCCGUGCCGAGCUAAGCAGGGAGACAGUCCGAGAGGGGAGUGCUGGUGCCCGGCGGGGUCGUUAGCUGAGCCCUCGCUCCCGCACCCGGUGUGUGUGUGUGAUUGCAUUAGUGAUUUUCUUCAUCAUGGAGGUGACAGGAAAUUUCUUCAGCAAACUGCGUGCUUUAGCUGUCACUUUGGAGAAAGAGGCUGAGCAACUUGAACAAGCAUUAAAUAGAGAAGAUACACAAUAUGAAGAUGAAUCUCCAAUGAGAGUUUUACAUGACCUGCAUUGUGAAGUCAGGACUCUAAAGGGUGAUGUUAACGCUACCGUUGAUCAGAGUCGCUCUGAAAGACAAGAAACUUAUGAUUUCAUGAAGGCCAUUAAAGUACUGAUGCAAAGAAAUACAACAGAUCUUGAAAAAAUAAGAGAACUGUUCCAGAAAUAUGGUUAUCAACCACUUGUUAAAGAUAACUCAGUGAAGAACGAGGAGGAAGUUAACCAUGCAUCUAAGGUAUCUGACCAAGCUAACUCUGAUCAAGAGAAAGUGGAAGAUAUGUCUAGCUUUCCUGCUUGUAUUGGGAAAACAUCUAUGCCUAAGGAUCCCCUGCGUAACCCACAGCUUUCAGAUUUCGGUCUUUCACAGUACGCAUUCUCCAGAACUUGGGAUGUGAUGGAUGUACAAUCCCAUACAAAUAUGCAUAAAGAAGAUUCAAGAAAUAGAAUUCCAACUCCCAAACAGAACCCAUAUAUAGUGCCCAAAACACCAAAAUGUACAUUAAAGAUGGAUGAUUAUGAGUGUUUAACUCCAAAGCUUGAACAUUUUGGCAUUAGUGAACAUACCAUGUGUUUGAAUGAAGACUAUACAAUGGCACUUAUUAAUAAAAAUGUUCAGACAAGAAAAAAUUUUCCAAAGGAAGAUGAUAAUGAAAUGUGUGUGGCACCAGAAACAUCAUCAAAGUCCAGGGAAAUCAUGGUUACUCCUGGACCAGCAAUGAAAACACCUAGCGAAAAUGCUGUUGAUUGCCUGGCUUCUCCUUUGAUACCCGUGUUCUGCACUCCUGGUCUGAAAAUUCCUUCCAGAAAGGACAAUACCAUCUUACCCAAAUCCCCAAAGAUGAAAGAAUCAAAUAUUUCUAAUCAGACAGCAACACCCACUCUUCCAGACUUUGAAACAGGCUGGCUAAAAACAGAAAGUAAACCAUUAAAGGGGAACAAGGCUGAGUCAUUGCCAGAGAUUGAUGUGACAGUUGAACAACACAAAGAAGAUUGUGCUCCUCCUAUUUUAAGUUCUGACAAGUAUCUUGAACAUCUCGGAAGACCCUCUCUUCCAAAAAUAUCUGACUAUGAAAAUCUCCUUAAUACUCCUCCGCCUCCAGAAAUAACAAAGAUACCAGAAGACAUUCUGCAGAUAUUAUCAAAGUAUAAUCCCAAAACAGAUACACCUACAGUAAUGAAAAUGGAGACCAAAACAGGAAUUGCUACAAGAUUUGAAAGGAAUAUCCCAGAUUAUUGCAACAAAGAGAACAGAUUUUGUAUUGGUGAGGAAAAGACAAGUCGUCUUCAGAGUUAAGGUCAUCAUACCACAGUAUUCAUGAGAGCCCUGAAUGAAACCGAGAACACUCUGGCUUACAUCAGCUAGUAUGUUUGAUAUUGGGAUCCACUCUAGUUCUGUAUCAAAUAGAAUAAAGCUUUAAUUUAGAUGGACUUUUUCCAUGUCAAGCAAGAUUUACAAAGAAAUGUCUCUUUCAAAGGCUUUCUGUUUGAACUGACAAACUUAGUUCUCUUUGUUGAAGACACUACUGAAAUGUUAAAUAAACUUCUAUUCUGGAUAUAUUUGCAGAGGAUAUUCUGAAUCUAUCAAAUCAAAUGAUUGAGAGUGAGCUGGGCAUGGUUCUGGAUUUUGAGCCACAUUCAUGGAUCUUCUGAGUCUUACAGAACUUAAAGCAUUCGAAGAAAUAGAAAACCAGUGAAAAAAGACCUGUAUCUCAAUUUCUAAUAACUUUCAGCAAGUCCCAAGGAACUAGUUAUGCAAAACUCUCAUGGAAAAGAGAUGUACAUUGUCAUAACUUUGCCUUUCUUCAACAAAAUACAUCUCCAUGGCACUAGCUGCAAACUUGGAAGUGGGAGGCAUAGGAGAAAGAGGACUUCUUAUACACACCUGGGGCGAUUAAAAUCGUUUUAAUUAAUAAUUUGUACUAAAUCUCAUAUUAAAAUAAAGCACUCUCAAAAAUA